AUGGCCGAUGCUAGCGCAGAAUGUAACAUCAAAGUGCUAUGUCGCUUCCGUCCUCUGAAUCAGUCCGAAAUUAUCCGUGGAGACAAAUUCAUCCCCUCAUUCCAAGGAGAUGACACCGUCGGCAUCGCGGGGAAGUCCUAUGUGUUUGACCGGGUGUUCCCCACCGACACAACACAGGAACAGGUGUACAACACCUGCGCCAAACAGAUAGUCAAAGAUGUACUCGGGGGAUACAAUGGCACCAUCUUCGCCUAUGGACAGACCUCCUCUGGAAAAACGCACACCAUGGAGGGCAAGCUGCAUGACCCUCAUGGGAUGGGGAUCAUCCCCAGAAUUGCAGAGGACAUCUUCAAUCACAUAUUCGCAAUGGAUGAAAACCUUGAGUUCCACAUCAAGGUGUCCUAUUUUGAAAUUUACAUGGACAAAAUCAGAGAUCUUCUGGAUGUCACUAAAACCAAUCUAGCAGUGCAUGAGGACAAGAACAGGGUUCCAUAUGUGAAGGGCUGCACUGAGCGCUUUGUCUCCAGCCCAGAGGAGGUGAUGGAUGUUAUUGAUGAAGGAAAAGCCAACCGUCAUGUUGCUGUCACCAAUAUGAAUGAGCACAGCUCCAGGAGUCACAGUAUCUUCCUGAUCAACAUCAAGCAGGAGCACGUGGAGACAGAGCAAAAACUGUGUGGGAAGCUCUACCUGGUGGACCUGGCUGGGAGUGAGAAGGUCAGUAAGACAGGAGCAGAGGGAGCUGUGCUGGAUGAAGCUAAGAACAUCAACAAGUCUCUGUCUUCUCUAGGAAACGUCAUCUCUGCUCUGGCCGAGGGAACCAAGACCCAUGUACCAUACCGUGACAGUAAGAUGACCCGUAUCCUGCAGGACUCUCUAGGGGGGAACUGCAGGACCACAAUGUUUAUCUGCUGCUCUCCGUCCAGCUACAACGACCAGGAGACCAAGUCCACACUCAUGUUCGGACAACGAGCUAAGACGAUCAGGAACACAGCGUCAGUGAAUCUGGAGCUGACGGCAGAACAGUGGAAGAAGAAGUAUGAGAAGGAGAAGGAGAAGAACAGGAUGAUGAAGGAGACGGUACAGAGGCUGGAGUCUGAGCUCAACAGAUGGAAGAUUGGUGAGGACCCAGAGCUGGAUCAGUUGUGUCCUGGUGCUGUGCCUCUUGAGUGUCUGGGUCGGCUCCCCAGAGAAGAGAGCUCCUCCUCCGGUCUGAGUCGGCUGCCUAGAGAAGACAGUUCCUCCUCUAUAGUGAUCAGGAUCUCAGAGGAGGAAAGACAGAAGUAUGAGGAGGAGAUACGCAAGCUCUACAAGCAGCUGGAUGACAAGGAUGAUGAGAUCAACCAGCAGAGUCAGCUGGCGGAGAAGCUGAAGGAGCAGAUGCUGGACCAGGAAGAGCUCCUGGUCUCCUCCCGUGGGGACAGUGAGAAGGUGUCAUCAGAGCUGGGCAGACUACAGAUGGAGAGUGACGUUGCCAAGGCGGAGGUGAAGGAGGUUCUACAGGCCUUAGAGGAGCUGGCUGUUAACUACGACCAGAAGAGCCAGGAGGUGGAGGAUAAGAGUCUACAGAACAAACUACUGGCUGAGGAACUGGCCAAGAAAAUGGCCCACUUGAUGCGAAUUGAGGCGGAGCUGUCUCGUCUACAGGAAGUGAGCGGUCAUCAGAGGAAACGCAUCGCUGAGGUUCUCAACGGCCUAAUGAGGGACCUCUCUGAGUUCAGUGCCAUCGUAGGCAACAAAGACAUCAAACUGCCGAUGGAAAUAACGGGUGCGAUCGAGGAGGAGUUUACGGUGGCCCGUCUCUACAUCAGUAAGAUCAAGUCGGAGGUCAAGUCCAUGGUGAAACGCUGUCGUCAGCUGGAGAACCUUCAGAUGGAGUGUCAUAGGAAGAUGGAGGAGACGGGAAGAGAGUUGUCCUCCUGCCAACUCCUCAUCUCACAGCAUGAGGCGAAGAUCCACUCCCUGACAGAGUACAUGCAGAACAUAGAGCUGAAGAACAGACAGCUGGAGGAGAACUACGACUCUCUGAGUGAAGAGCUGGCCAAACUCCAUGCCCAAGAGAGCAUGUCAGAGGUGACAAAGGGAGAGAACCAGACGGACAUCGAGGAGUCUGCUGAUGUUAAGAGGGCUCUGGUGCAGCAGAUGGAGUCUCACCGUGAGACGCACCACAAGCAGCUGGGACGUCUCCGAGACAACAUCAACGAGAAACAGAAGAUCAUUGACGACCUCACUGAUCGCAACCAUCGUCUUCAUCUGGAGUUGGAGCGGCUGAGGAGCGACUUUGACCGUCUUAGGAGUCAGGAGCACCACAAGACGCUGCAACUGGAGGAGCUGACAUUUCUUCAUGAGCGCCACGAGCAGUCUAAGCAGGACCUUAAAGGACUGGAGGAGACUGUGGCUCGUGAACUCCAGACCCUGCACAACCUGCGGAAGCUUUUUGUUCAAGACCUCACAACUCGAGUCAAAAGGCAUUCAGAGAUGGAGCCAGAUGAUAGCGGGGGAUGUAGCCACCAGAAGCAGAAGAUUUCCUUUCUUGAGAACAACCUGGACCAGCUUACAAAAGUUCACAAACAGUUGGUACGUGAUAAUGCAGACCUGCGUUGUGAGCUUCCUAAGCUGGAGAAGCGGCUUCGGUCUACGGCUGAGCGAGUGCGGGCGUUGGAGGGUGCACUGAAAGAGGCUAAGGAGGGGGCCAUGAAGGACCGAAGACGCUAUCAACAGGAAGUGGAGAGUAUCAAAGACGUUAUGAGGGCCAAGAACCCCCUCCGUAGGCCACAUGCUGCCCAGAUAGCCAAGCCCGUCCGUCCGGGCCAGUUCCCACUCUGCUCCCCCACCAACCCGUGGGUUCGCAUUACUGAACAGCAACACUCCAUCCAUUUUAGUAACGCCAUGUUCCAGAUCCCCAGCCAGACAGCUAGCCAUCACACCAGCCACCCUGCUGCUCCCCCAGCUACAGCAUCUAACUCCAACCCCACCCAGACCAACAAUCACCACUCCAAUGAGACCAGCCUCCAUCAGACCAAUACGCUGCCAGCUGAGCCACCCAACACCACCACAGUGGACAACGGCACAGUAAAGGACACCACAGUGCAGAAGACUACAGUGGAUAACCCAGCAGUGGACAAUGCCGCCACAGUAGAUCAUUCUCCAGUGAAGCACCCUACAGAGAAGAACACUACAGAAAAGGGCUCUUCAUUGAAGGACCCAACAGUCAACUCUACAGAACUGGUAGAUGUGGACAGUGUCAACGGGAACACUAGAGAUAUCAAUGACAACAGGAAUGAUGUGCAGCACUGCGACAACCACAACCAGGAGAAGCCAACCAAACUGCACCACGUCAUCCAGCCAGAACAGACUGCCAGCUAG